AUGACGGUAUCGGACAGGGAUAGUCUACUGAAAACUCAUGGACUUUGUCGGAAUUGCUUCAGGACGGGGCACCAUGCCAAGGAAUGCCAAUCAAAAUACUCCUGUAAGAACUGCAAGGGUCGGCACCAUACCCUAGUAUGUUUUAAGCAGGAGAAGGAGGAAGAACCCAAGGUAGCGGCAGUUGCUGGGGGCAACCAGCCAUCGGUACCCAAGAAUCAAAGGGAUUCAUCCAACACCCAAGUGGCUAACGUGGCAGCCACGGAAACUGUAGUGUCCGCUACAGCUCACCCACAUCCAACGCGGGUUCUUUUGGCAACAGCAGUUGUGAUGAUUGAGGAUGACAUCGGCAAUCGACUUCCUGCUCGUGCGCUACUGGACUUCGGAUCCGAAAGUAAUUUCAUUACAGAGCGGUUAAGUCAACGGUUACAAGUUCACCGAGAUCGAGUGGAUAUUUCGGUGGCAGGAAUUGGUCAGGCGGCGACCAAGGUUCGGCAACGGAUUCAAGCGGUACUCCAUUCGCGAGUUUCGGACUAUUCCCGUGAACUAGCAUUCCUGGUUCUUCCAAGGGUCACGGUAAAUCUUCCAACAACUACUAUCAACACGGAUACUUGGACAUUACCGAGCGGAAUUCAGUUGGCGGAUCCUACAUUCUUCGAACCCAACGGGGUGGAUAUCGUACUUGGCAUCGAGUACUUCUUCGACUUUUUCGAAACAGGGAAAAGGAUUUCCUUAGGGGAACAACUUCCAACCCUUAACGAAUCCGUGUUUGGCUGGGUUAUCAGCGGUGGCAUUUCGGUUCCAACUAGCUCUCUUCACAUUAGCUGCAACGUGUCCGCGUUGGAUAGCUUGGAUACCUUAAUCGCUCGGUUUUGGUCCUGCGAGGAGGUGGAUUCGGGCAAGGCACAUUCGCCAGAAGAAAAGCGUAGCGAGGAGUGGUUUUCCAGUACGGUUCAACGGGAUACUAAUGGUCGGUACACCGUAGCUCUACCGACGAUGGAAGGCGCUGUGUCAAGGUUGGGUGUAUCGAAAGAUAUAGCAUUCAGACGUCUGCAAGGAACCGAAAGAAGACUGGCUAGAGACUCAUCACUUCGAGAACAGUACGUCGGGUUUAUGGAGGAAUACCUCAAUCUUGGACAUAUGACGGUGCUGGACGACGAUUUCCCGAAUCCUAUUCGAAGGUGCUAUUUACCGCAUCACCCUGUGGUGAAAGAAGCGUCAACCACAACAAAGGUCCGGGUUGUCUUCGAUGCGUCCUGCAAAACAUCUUCAGGAGUUUCGCUUAAUGAUGUACUAUUGGUGGGACCAGUAGUACAGGAAGAUCUCCGAUCCAUAAUUCUUCGAUGUCGAACCAAACAGAUCAUGUUGGUGUCAGACGUAGAGAAAAUGUUCCGCCAAGUCAUCGUUCGUCCCGAAGAUCGCCCUCUACAGUGCAUCCUCUGGCGAAAUUCACCAUCGGAAAGGGUCCGCACGUAUGAGCUGAACACAGUAACGUACGGAACAAAGCCCGCCCCGUUUUUGGCUACCAGGACGCUUCAACAACUCGCUGUGGAUGAGGAAGGACGUUUCCCUCUUGCAGCACGUGCAACUAUGGAAGAUACCUACAUGGAUGACGUCAUUACGGGCGCGAACGAUGGGGAAACAGCAACGCAGAUGCAGAUUCAACUGAAUGCGAUGUUGGCAGGAGGAGGUUUUCAACUUCGCAAAUGGGCAUCCAACUAUCAAGCAGCUCUAGUAGGUAUUCCCGAAGAAAAUUUGGCGAUUCGCUCUUCGGAUGGGAUUAACUUAGACCCAGAUCCAUCGGUAAAAACCUUGGGGCUGACGUGGAUUCCUUCUUUGGACAUACUCCGGUUUCAGUUCAGCAUUUCUCCGCUGAAUACAAAUGCGGUUCUUACGAAACGCAGCGUGUUAUCCGUGAUUGCAACGUUAUUCGAUCCGCUAGGACUUCUGGGAGCAGUUAUCACUAGGGCGAAGAUUUUUAUGCAGCUUUUGUGGACCAUACGCGAUGGAAAUCAACAAUCUUUAGGAUGGGAUCAACCACUACCUCCAACGGUGGGUGAGGCCUGGAGAAGGUUCCACGAAAAACUACACCUUCUCAAUCAAGCCAAGGUCGAAAGAUGCGUUAUCAUUCCGAAAGCAGUUGCAAUCGAACUGCAUUGUUUCUCUGACGCCUCGGAGAAGGCUUACGGUGCUUGUCUGUACGUCCGGAGCACUGAUGCAGACGGGAGAGUUAAGGUUCGACUUUUUUCUUCCAAAUCGAAGGUUGCUCCGUUAAAAUGUCAGACCAUUCCCAGGCUGGAACUUUGCGGAGCGGUAUUGGCUGCCCAACUCUACGAAAAGGUCCGAUCGUCUAUCAAAACGACAGUUAGCGGCUACUUUUGGACAGAUUCCACUUGCGUUCUGCGUUGGAUUGGGGCUCUCCCAACGACAUGGACCACAUUUGUCGCCAAUCGUUCGGCGAAAAUCCAAUCAAUCACGGAAGGAUGUCGAUGGAGUCACGUUCCCGGAAUCCAAAAUCCGGCAGACUUAAUUUCCCGAGGGAUCGCCCCUCAAGACAUCAUCGAAAACCAAUUCUGGUGGCAAGGUCCCACCUGGUUGGAGGAGAACUCGGAUAAAUGGCCAAAAUCAUCAGAAAUCCUAACAUCCGGAGAGGAAGAGUCCGAAAAACGGCGGAUAAUUAUCGCAACAACGGCUUCCACUGUCAGCGAGUUCAACCAGGAAUACAUCAGCAAGUUUUCAUCAUAUACCGACCUCAUACGUCGCACCGCAUACUGGUUGCGUCUAAUGAGGCUGCUCCGAACACCCGCAACUAAUCGAAACGAUGUGGGAUUUCUUACCACAUCAGAAUUAAUGGAAGCAGAAAGCACGUUGGUUCGUUUGGUGCAGAAGGAAGUGUUCGCCGAAGAGUUGAAGGCAAUCUCUACGGGAGGCAAGAUUCCAAAUAGGUCUCAACUACGCUGGUUCAACCCAUUCCUCUCUAAGAAGCAGCUCCUGAAAUUGGGAGGACGAUUGAAGCACUCAUUGGAAUCGGAUGAAGCAAAGCACCCUGUUGUUCUCCCAGCUCGGCAUCCAUUCACUCGUCUUCUUCUUCGGCAUUAUCAUGAAAGACUGCUCCAUGCGGGGCCUCAACUAAUGCUUAGCGUGCUGAGACUUCGGUUUUGGCCUCUAGGAGGCAGGAGCGUAAUCCGGAAUAUCGUUCAUAGGUGCCAGAAAUGCUUUCGUUGCAAACCAACUUCCGUGCAACAGUUUAUGGGUGAUUUACCAGCAGCUAGGGUUACCAUAUCCCGCCCGUUUUCUGACGCAGGAGUAGAUUACUUUGGCCCUGUUUAUCUUCGACCAAUCCCACGACGUGCUACAGUUAAGGCCUACGUAGCAGUUUUUGUUUGCCUUUGUACGAAGGCGGUUCAUUUGGAACUGGUGUCAGAUUUAUCGACUGACAGGUUCCUGCAAGCGCUUCGCAGAUUUGUGGCGAGGAGAGGUCUGUGCACUAACAUUUACUCCGACAAUGGCACUAAUUUCGUCGGUGCCCGCAACCAGAUGAAGGAUCUGCUGAAGUUGUUGAAGAGCCAUGACCAUAACAACGCCGUAUCCAAGGAGUGCGCCAAGGAUGGUAUGCAGUGGCAUUUCAUACCACCGAGUGCCCCCCACUUCGGAGGUUUAUGGGAAGCAGCCGUCCGAUCAACCAAACACCAUUUGCUACGAGUAAUAGGAGAAUCGCCAGUAUCUCCGGAGGACUUUACCACUCUACUUGCCCAGGUCGAAGCUUGCCUCAACUCUCGCCCCCUCACGCCCCUCUCUGACGACCCUAAUGACCUCGAACCACUGACGCCCGCACAUUUUCUGAUCGGCACAUCCCUGCAAUCCAUUCCGGAACCAGAAUUAGGUGCACUUCCGAACAAUCGCCUUAAUGCCCUGCAGCUCACCCAAAAAAGGUUGCAGGAAUUUUGGAAGAGAUGGCGCAGAGAAUAUCUGUGCCAACUUCAAAUGAGAAACAAACGCUUUCAGCCAGCCGUUCAAGUCGAGAUUGGAAGGUUAGUAGUAAUCAAGGAUGAAAAUCUACCUCCCAUGAAGUGGAGAAUGGGACGAAUCAGUGAGGUGCAUCCUGGCAGUGACGGAAUAGUCAGAGUUGUUACCCUUAAGACUGCAACAGGCUCCUUAACUCGACCCGUCGAAAAGCUAUGUAUCCUGCCGCUUCCAGAAGAAGAUAGCAGUGCAAGGCCCAAAGAAACAUCUAAUCAAUCAUAG